AUGGCUGAGCAGAGCAGGAUAAUGACGUCUUUGACAGCUAACCCAUCGUUUUUAAGGAUGAAAAUACCGUUUUGCAAAAUAGGAAGUACCUCCACAGAGUCCAACAAACACAAGAAUCAUCCAAGUAAAAUAACGCGGUAUGACUUGCUUGCACGAGAUCUAGAAUACAGCAGAAGGCAUCAUCCACUGAAAUGA